AUGUCAAGUAACCGUCCUAGGAAUUUCCGGCGGCGCGGGGACGACGGCGGCGACGAAGAUGCGACCGCCGCGGCUAAACCGUCUGCGGCUCCUUCCUCGUCGAAACCUAAAAAACUCCCAGCCUCGGACCCGAAGAAGAAACUCCUCAGCUUCGCCGAUGACGAGGACGAAGAAGAUGCACCUCCCCGUGUGACGGUAAAGCCCAAGAACGGUAGAGACCGAAGCAGAUCUUCUUCGCGUCUCGGCGUUUCGGGAUCUUCUCACAGAUUGAACUCUUCCACCAAGGAACAGCGUCCCUCCUCUUCUUCAUCCACCAUGACUCCGCUUUCUAACGUGCUUCCUCAGGCCGGCUCUUAUACGAAAGAAGCGCUGCUAGAGCUCCAAAAGAACACACGGACGCUUCCGUACUCUCGCCCCAGUGCAAACGCCGAGCCGAAGGUAGUGCUUAAGGGUUUAAUCAAACCUCCGCAGGAGCGGGAGCAGCAGAGUCUCAAGGAUGUGGUCAAACAGGUUUCGGAUUUGGACUUCGAUGAGGAAGGGGAAGAUGAUCGGCCUGAAGAUGCGAUUUCCGAUCAAGCGGCGAUUAUUAGAGCCAAUAAGGAGAAGAUGAGGCAGCCGCGUUCAGCACCGGCACCUGAUUUCAUAUCACUGGAUGGUAGUGCCGCUUAUCACUCUGCUGUUGAAGGGGUUAGCGAUGAGGAUGCAGACUUUCAGGGAAGUUUUGUCACUCACAAAAGUAAUGGGAAGGCUGUGUUUAAUUUCGUCGAUGAAACUCCUACAGCUAAAGAGUCCACUACAACUAGUUUGUAUGAGUAUGAGGAUGAGGAUGAAGAAGAGAAGUUGUGGGAGGAGGAGCAGUUCAAGAAGGGUAUUGGUAAAAGAAUCGAUGAAGGGUCUCAUAGGACUGUAAGUAGUAAUGGAAUCGGCGUGCCUUUGCAUCCGCAACAAAAGCCACUACCACAACAGCAGCCGCAGAUGUAUGCUUAUCAUGCCGGUAUACCACAUGUUUCUGCGCCCCCUACCAUUGGUCCAGCCGGUAGUGUUGAUGCAUUACCAAUGUCACAACAAGCCGAGCUUGCCAAAAAAGCAUUGCAAGACAAUAUUAAGAGGCUUAAGGAAUCUCAUGCAAAGACCUUGUCCUCGCUUACCAAGACAGAUGAGAAUUUGACUGCCUCGUUGAUGAGUAUCACAGCUCUUGAAAGUUCGCUGGCUGCAGCUGGAGACAAGUAUGUCUUCAUGCAAAAACUCAGAGACUUCAUUUCUGUUAUCUGCGACUUCAUGCAGGAAAAGGGUUCCUUAAUUGAGGAAAUUGAAGAUCAGAUGAAGGAACUUAAUGAAAAACAUGCUUCAGCUAUCCUAGAAAGGAGAAUUGCAGAUAAUAAUGAUGAAAUGGUAGAGCUAGGGGCCGCUGUGAAAGCAGCACGGGCAGUUCUUAACAAACAAGGAAGCAGUACUUCAGUGAUUGCUGCUGCCACAAGUGCCGCGGUGGCUGCCUCUGCUUCUAUAAGACAGCAGACACAACCAGUUAAGCUUGAUGAAUUGGGCAGAGACGAGAACCUGCAGAAGCGCAGGCAAGCGGAGCAGAGGGCUGCAGCACGCCAGAAAAGGCGAGCUCGAUUUGAAAAUAAGCGUGCAUCAGCCAUGGAGGUUGAUGGAUCUUAUCUGAAAAUAGAAGGAGAAUCAAGCACUGAUGAGAGUGAUAGCGAGUCUUCGGCAUAUAAGGAUCUCAGAGAUAAAUUACUUCAGUGUGCUGAUAAGGUCUUCAGUGAUGCAUCUGAAGACUAUUCCCAGCUUUCAAGGGUGAAGGCGAGAUUCGAGAGGUGGAAGCGAGACUAUUCAUCUACUUAUCGAGAUGCUUACAUGUCUUUGACCGUUCCUUCCAUCUUUUCACCUUAUGUAAGAUUGGAGCUUUUGAAAUGGGAUCCUCUUCAUCAACAUGUGGAUUUCUUUGACAUGAAAUGGCAUGACUUGUUAUUUGAUUAUGGGAAGCCAGAAGACGGGGAUGAUUUUGCACCAGAUGAUACUGAUGCCAACCUAGUCCCUGAGCUAGUCGAAAAGGUUGCGAUUCCUAUUUUGCACCAUCAGAUAGUUCGUUGUUGGGAUAUACUUAGCACCCGGGAGACGCUAAAUGCAGUUGCUGCUACAAGCUUGGUGACAAAUUACGUUUCUGCUUCAAGCGAGGCCCUAGCAGAGCUAUUUGCUGCUAUUCGUUCUCGUCUUGUUGAAGCCAUCGCAGCUAUUACGGUUCCGACAUGGGAUCCUCUGGUAUUGAAAGCCGUACCUAAUACUCCACAAGUAGCAGCAUAUAGGUUUGGGACUUCAGUCCGUCUUAUGAGAAAUAUAUGCAUGUGGAAAGACAUCCUGGCGCUUCCUGUGUUGGAGAAGUUGGCUCUGAGUGACCUUUUGUUUGGAAAAGUCCUACCUCAUGUGAGAAGCAUUGCGUCAAAUAUCCAUGAUGCUGUCACACGAACUGAGAAGAUCGUUGCUUCUUUGUCUGGAGUAUGGACAGGACAAAGCGUCACAAGAACCCACAGUCGGCCGUUGCAACCUCUUGUGGAUUGUAUUCUAACACUUAAAGGGAUUCUCGAGAAAAGGCUUGCCUCGGGAUUGGACGAUGCGGAAACCACUGGUCUUGCCCGCCGGUUAAAGAGAAUACUGGUUGACCUCCACGAACACGACCACGCCAGGGAAAUUGUCAGAACAUUCAAUCUCAAGGAGGCAGUUUGA